AUGCGGCAGAAAUCUGAAGAAGAUAAGGAGAAUUCGUGCUGCAGCUCCAGCCGGAGCAACAGCGGCAGCAACAGCAGCAGCAGCAAGACCAGCGGCAAAGAUCUUGAAAGCCCGAAGCAGACGGCUGCUGCUGCUGCUCGUGCAGCAGCCCUUAGUUCCUGCGACAGUAGACAUGUAGCAGCAGCCGCAGCAACAGCAGCAGCAACAACAGCAGCGGCAGCCGGAGGCAGCAGCCGCAGCAAGCGUGUCCGCUCCUUGCGAUCCGCAGCAACAGCAGAAGCAACAGCAGCAGAAGCAGCAACAGACCAUGCUAUUGCGGAUACACCGCAGAAGGGUAAACUUUCAAGGCAGCCUAGCACCAACAGCAGCAGCAGCAGCACGAGCAGUCUUGAUGCAUGCAGCAGCAGCAGCAAAAGAAGACGCAGGUGCAACCGCAGCACCAGCAGCAGCAGUAACAUAUGCAUACCAGAAAUGCGCCAGACUAGGCGUGCAGCGGCAGCAGCUGCAGCAGCAGCGGCAGCAGCUGCAGCAGCAGCAGCCGAACCAGUGUCACCGCAGGCAGCAGCAGCUGCUGCUGCAGCAGGGGUACUAGGGGCAGCAACAGCGUCACCGCAGUCAGUGGCAGCAGCUGCAGCAGCGACAUCACCAGCUGCAGCAGGGGCAGCGAGAUCAGAGGCAGCGGCGGCAGCAGCAGCAGCAGCAGAGCCGUGCAUGCAAUGCGAAGGUUCAGUAAAAACUUCGCGCAGCGCCAAAAAGGCAGAAGUAACGCAAGCUGUAAAUCAUUGCAGCAGCAGCAGCAGCAGCAGCAGUAGCAGCAGCAGCAGCACCAAAGCCGAGGAAGGCUUGCGCAGUCACAGCAGCAGCAGCAGCAGCAGCAGCAGGGAGGAGGUGAGCAGCAGCGCUUCAACAGCGUCUGCUGACGGUACAACUGUUGCAUCUGAAAGAAGCAGGAACAACGGUAGCAGCAGCAGCAACAGCAGCAGCAGCAGCAACAACAACAGCAGCCGCAGCACGCGUACAACAUGUACAUCCUCAGCUCCUUGUGAUUCUUGUCCUUCUUGCUUCCCUCCUUUUGAUUUUUCUCCCCCUUUGCUGCUGAAGCAGCAGCAGCGCAACAGCAGACGCAGCAGCAGCUAUCAGCAGCAGAGCAGCAGCAGCAGCAGCAGCCAGCAGCAGGACCUGCAGCAGCAGGCAUGGUCUCCAGGCCCCUCUCCUUUGUUUCAACGCCCUCGGCCUAGCUACAACUGCAGCGGCCGCAGCAGCAGCAGCAGCUUAUUUGCUGCUGGCUUUUCUCCUGCUGCAGCACAGCUGCCUCCUGUUGAUUUAUAUCUUUCUUUAUCCCCUAGGGGCCCCUCAUUAGAUCGCAGCAGCAGCCAGCUGUCUUGCUGCAGCAGCUUAUCUCUUGCUGUUGCCCGUCCUAUUUACCCACACCAGCAGCAGCAGCAGCAGCAGCAGCAGCAAGUGCAGCAGCAGCAGCACAGGGCCAGUGAAGCUCCCACGCAGCGAAGCUGCUGCAACGAAUUUGAUGCGGCAGGCAGCAGCCACAGGAGAAGGUUGCUGCCUUGCAGCAGCAAUGUGCUGCUGCAGCAGCAGCAGCAACAGCAGCAGCAGCAACAUUUCCCUCAGUCCUCUCCCAUAGUACGCAGGGCACGAAGGCUCUCUGAUGAUAGUUGCUACAGCAGCAGCAGCAACUGCUGCAGCAGCAGCUGCAGUAGUAGCAGCGCCUGCAGCAGUAGCAGCUGCUGCUGCAGGGCUUCAGGAGUUGCGAGCUCCUUGCUGACCCAUGCAGCGCAGCAGCAGCAGCAGCAGCAGCUAGGCAGUGCAUGCAACACAAGAGAAGCAGGCAGCGUUAUUUCUAACAGCAAUAGCGGCAAAAGCUGCAGCAGCAGCAGCAGCAAUAACUGCAGCAGCAGCAGCAGCCGCAGCAGCAGACAGCUCGGCAGGGAAACGCGUCUGGGCAAUUCAAAAACAGCAGCAGCGUAG